AUGAAGCUCUCUCAGUCCUUUUUUGCUGUGCUGAAGAUGAAUUGCCUUGUGUUCUUGGUGAUGGCUUUUCUACAGUCCUAUCAAAGCAAUGUAUCUUUAAUGGCAGAGGGAAAACAUGUGGAUUCGAUUGUGAGACUCUCCAGUACCAUGGCUCUUAAAUGUGUCUGCCCAAUGAAUGCAUCUAUUUCUCAGAUGGUAUGGGAGAAGGAAGAGAAUCAAACAAAACAGCUCAUUGCCGCUUUCAGGCUGCCUUAUGAUCUACAUAUAGAAAGCAACUAUAAGGCCAGAGUCCUGGUCACUAAUUUUACCUCAGACAAUAAGACUUUGAUUUUCAGCAACGCCACUGAGAAAGAUGUUGGUUUUUACCUAUGUUCCUUUCAUACUUUUCCACAUGGGAUCUUGGAAAAGACAAUACACGUUGUUCAAUCUGGAGCAUUUGAAUUUUCAAACUUGUCAAUUCAUCAUUUGAUUACUAAACCAGGAGAAAAUGUCACUUUUAAAUAUCCAUUUAACUCUGAUGUAGCAGUGAAUCAAAUGACAUGGGAAAGAGUGCAACCCGACUGUAUAGAUCUUAUAAUCCAGUGUGCGGAUUCUGAAAUGCCAAUCUAUGGUUCGGAUUAUCAAAACCGUGUAGACUGUAUCUCCGAAAGUUCAAUUGUACUUUUGGAUGUCACAGCUUCUGACUAUGGAAUGUAUCGCUUUUCUUACGACAAGGUGAAUGGAGAAAAUGGAACUGGCUGGAUAAAACUGUCCUCUAAUAACUUUGAACCUUUAUUUACUAAGCUGCAUAUAAUUUUUAUUGGAAGUGGUGCCUUUUUAAUCCUGAUUAUUCUGAUCAUACUUAUAUACAGAAGUUUUUGUGUCACCAAAAAGAGAAAAAGAAUUAAGAAGAUGAGAGACUACAAAGCUACUUGUAGACAGUCCCAGCAUCAGUACAAAAACUGGGCUGGCCAGCGCUCAGCAAAUUCAAGUCAAAGUCCUACUGCAACAGAGGAUCCAAUCUAUGCCAACUGGGAACAGGCUAUGAAAAAGUGAACUUACUGCCUUUUAUAUCAAUGAACUACCUCAACUCAUCCCAUUGAUCUCUGGGAUUAGUAUCAGAAUAGAGCAAGAUAACCAAUGGUUUUGUUUUUACCUAAUAAAUCAGGAAAUUAAAAAAAUAGAUUUUCUUCUUCUUAGAUGCAUUGAUUUGUAGUGGUAUAUCUGAAUUUUCAAAAACACUGUUUUUGUAUAUGAGACAGAAUGAAAACCUACUGUGCUAAACAGAACUGGCAGGACCCAGCCCUUCCGAAGUAUGCUCAGGACAUAGCAUAUGUUUUCACAGAAUAUAAACAAUAGAGCUGGAAGGGACCUCAGAGGUCUUCUAGUCCAAUCUGCUGCUCAAGUGGGAGAUAGUGGCCUUCUUGAGUCUAAAUAUAAUGCUUUUCCUCCUUUCCUAACCCUAACUGGUAAAAUGCCACUUACAAAUCUCUGCCAUUUGCAAAGUGCAGUUCUCAUAAUUAUUUUCUAUAAUUCACCCAGAAGGCAACCCAGAAUGGAUACAAGUUUGUCAUAGUUUGUGCAGUAUUCCUGGUGUACAUAUCUGCAAAACUUGGCUAGAGUCAGUAGGUAUACAAACAAGCAAUUUAGUUAAAAGAAAUUCAUACAGUGAUGAUGCAACUAUUUGUGAAUAUUUUUGUUUUAACUUAUAUAUUAAUAAAUGAUUCUAUGUAAGA